ACAGAGCUGGGGGUCAGGCGAGCUGUGCCCAGCAAGUAGGCAGUGGCUGGAUGUGACAAAGACCCAGAGGAGAAACACAGCAGGAGGGGAGAGGGUCUGGAAGCUGGGGAAAGCAGGAUGGUCGGGAAGGCCUGGCCCCUCACCCAUUCCCAGGGAACAGGGCCUUGGGCCCCAGAAGGGCACAGGCGGGAGGCAGCCGACCCCUGGUGGCAGCGGCAGCAGGCACAGGAGGGCAGAAUGCAGCUGGGGUGUGCGUGGGUGGCAGCAAGGAGGGGCGGAGGGAGGAAGCUGGCUUCCUGGAGCCUUCUCAGCCCUCAAAGACAGACCGACAGACAGACAGACAGCUGGCAAGAGGCAGCCUGGGGGCCACAGCUGCUUCAGCAGACCUCAUGGCUGAAUGAGCCUCCCCUGGGCCUAGCACCCCACCCCAGCAUGGUCCAGGCCUGUGGGGGGCGCUCCAGAGCACAGCCGCUGACCUUGUCUUUGGGGGCAGCCAUGACCCAGCCUCCGCCUGCCAAAACGCCAGCCAAGAAGCAUGUACGGCUGCAGGAGAGGCGGGGCUCCAAUGUGGCUCUGAUGCUGGACGUUCGGUCGCUGGGGGCCGUAGAACCCAUCUGCUCCGUGAACACGCCCCGGGAGGUCACCCUACAUUUCCUGCGCACUGCUGGACACCCUCUUACCCGCUGGGCCCUUCAGCACCAGCCACCCAGCCCCAAGCAGCUGGAAGAAGAAUUCUUGAAGAUCCCUUCAAACUUUGUCAGCCCCGAAGACCUGGACAUUCCUGGCCACGCCUCCAAGGACCGAUACAAGACUAUCUUGCCAAAUCCCCAGAGCCGUGUCUGUCUAGGCCGGGCACAGAGCCAGGAGGACGGAGAUUACAUCAAUGCCAACUACAUCCGAGGCUAUGACGGGAAGGAGAAGGUCUACAUUGCCACCCAGGGCCCCAUGCCCAACACUGUGUCGGACUUCUGGGAGAUGGUGUGGCAAGAGGAAGUGUCCCUCAUUGUCAUGCUCACUCAGCUCCGAGAGGGCAAGGAGAAAUGUGUCCACUACUGGCCCACAGAAGAGGAAACCUAUGGACCCUUCCAGAUUCGCAUCCAGGACAUGAAAGAGUGCCCAGAAUACACUGUGCGGCAGCUCACCAUCCAGGCACCAGAGAAGAAGGCAGACAGUGCCCUCCACCCUGACCUUGGUUCUCAUGCCUUGUCUCCAACCCAGUACCGGGAAGAGUGCCGGUCAGUAAAGCACAUCCUCUUCUCAGCCUGGCCCGACCACCAGACACCAGAAUCAGCUGGGCCCCUGCUGCGCCUAGUGGCAGAGGUGGAGGAGAGCCCGGAGACAGCUGCCCGCCCCAGGCCCAUCGUAGUCCACUGCAGUGCAGGGAUUGGCCGGACAGGCUGCUUCAUCGCCACGCGAAUUGGCUGUCAACAGCUGAAGGCCCGAGGGGAAGUGGACAUUCUGGGCAUUGUGUGCCAACUGCGGCUAGACAGAGGGGGGAUGAUCCAGACGGCAGAGCAGUACCAGUUCCUGCACCACACUUUGGCCCUGUAUGCAGGCCAGCUUCCAGAGGAACCCAGCCCCUGACCCCUGCCACCCUCCAACAGCCCAGGUGCCCACCUCCCUCAAGCCUGGGAAGGUGGGUCUGGGGAAAGUGGGCCGAGUGAUCUGGGGGUACCCUUUGGGUGGGUGUGGGGAAAGAGUGCCUCCUUAGUGGUGCUUGCAGUCACAGGAAGCAGCAUCAGUAAGGACAAGGGGCUGGAUUCCAGGUCUUCACCACUGGCCACUCCUCUGCUUCCUCUGUUGGCCCCAGAUGGACAUAAGGGGAACCUCCAAUGUCUCUCUGAACUUAAAGACAGGAGCUGGCAAUUUAUGACAGACAAAGAAAGAAGCCCAGGUGUCCUGGUCUUCUCUAAGACACUCUUUGUGAGCUUCAGUUUCCUCUUCUAUAACAUGAACAUUAAGUGCUUAGCUGCCAUGAGGGAAAAGCAAUGAGAGAAGUUUCUAGAAGCCACUCCAGUCACUCCUUCCUGGGGCUGACAAAAGGGUGAUUCCAAGACCAUCCUUCACUUGAGGCCCUGCCCAAGCACAGGCCAGAUGCAAGAAUGGGGAAAAGUCUGGUCCUGAUCUCCAAGUCUCAACAUCUUAGCAGUGACUCUGCUCCCUGACCAGACAUCGGAAGGGCUGGACAACUCCAAUCCAAAGAAAGAACAAGGACUCUGGUUACCCUUGCCUCCACUCAUGUGUCCUAAGAGUAGGCUACAGAGGUGACCAAGCCUGGCAGUUGAAAUCUCAGGAAGAGGGAACAUGUGGGGACUACUCAGAGGCAAAGAGGGGCUGCUCCUGCCUCCAUGUUGCUGUCCAUUCCCACCAACUAUUCUUAGGGAGGCUGAGCAGUCUCUGUUUUGCUUCCAUGGCUUAAAUAAUACCCUGGGUAUGCAGGAAGACAAAAGAAAGAGGCAAGGGGAGAAGAGGAGGCAAAGUGCUCAGUCUGAUUUUAGAUAACCAACCCCACCAUGACCCUCUAUACUCUGCAUUUGCUCAGUACACCUAGAGAGCUUGGCUGUUUCCAGAAACAAUCAGAGUCGUAACCAUCCAUGCAGACGUGGGGGCUCGGCUGAACUGAGACUCCUCACUGUCUACCCCAGAGAACAAGCGCCCCUCAUCCAUCUCAGCAUCAACACAAUUUCCAGGGAACCUCAGGUCUAACUAAGGACUGAACGCCACACCUCAGGAUUCAUCCUUCUUGAAUCUGAGACUGGCUGCCCAUUCUGAGAUGGGGAUGAAGGUAAGAUGCCGCAUCACCGGGCAUGCCGCCCCUGAAAGCUGCCUUGAUACCAGUUCUCUGUGGAAACCCCCAAGGAGCUGGAUCUGGAGAACAGCUGGGCCUCCUCACUCAGGACUUCUCUCCUAAAGAACACGCAGUGCUAAAACUGAGGAUGAUUUCCCUAAUGCUUCUGCUUGGCCUUGUGGAGGAGCUGCUCCUUCCUUACAGCCCUGGGGAUGGACUUGCCCACACCUCCACCUCCCCUGAGCCCUGUGAGAGGCACAACUGUCUAUGCCAAUGAGGCUCGGUGGGGGGCUCUCAAGUGCCUGAUCCUGCCCUGGGCUCAGAGCCAGCCCAGAGGGAAGCAACUGCACAGCCCCACAGGCCUUCCCUGGCACUGCCCCCCCAAUCCCAUCUCAGAGCUCAGAGGGUACAAGCUCCAAAACAGUAACCAAGUGGGAAAAUAAAGACUUCUUGGAUGACUGACUCA